GUGUGAGGACCACUGGGAAGGGAGAACGGGUGUCACUAUUUCCGGACCCGGGCCGGGACUUGAGAGAAAAGAAAACUACAAAUCCCAGCACGUCCCGCGGCUUUGGAGCCCCGCCCCUAGCGAACUACAGCUCCCGGGGUAUUUCCAUUUUAACAGAAAACAAUCCCUGAACCCAAAGGAAUGAAUCCCUAAUGGUGGAGUUUCAGGCAUUGGUGACAGGCUGAACCCGGACUCCCAGGGCCAGUGCUUACACCUGACAAAUGAUGGCCUGAGCUAUGAGCAGACAGGACUAUAUGAACACUUCGGUGCAAGAGCCCCCUCUUGACUACUCCUUCCGAAGCAUCCACGUGAUCCAAGACCUGUUGAGCGAGGAGCCUCGGACAGGGCUACGACCACUAAGGCACUCAAAGUCAGGGAAGUCACUGACCCAGUCCCUGUGGCUGAACAACAAUGUCCUCAAUGACCUGAGAGACUUUAGCCAUGUGGUUUCACUGCUUCUGGAGCAUCCAGAGAACCUGGCCUGGAUCGACCUGUCCUUCAACGACCUGACUUCCAUCGACCCUGUCCUGACAACUUUCUUCAACCUCAGUGUACUCUAUCUCCACGGCAACAGCAUCCAGCGCCUGGGAGAGGUGAACAAGCUGGCUGUCCUCCCACGGCUCCGGAGCCUGACACUCCACGGGAAUCCCAUAGAGGAAGAGAAGGGGUAUAGCCCAAGUCUUCCCCACAGGCAGUAUGUGCUGUGCACCCUGCCCCGUAUCACCACAUUCGACUUCAGCGGGGUCACCAAAGCAGACCGUGCCACAGCUGAAGUGUGGAAACGCAUGAACAUCAAGCCCAAGAAGAUCCGGAUCAAGCAGAAUGCACUCUGAGGCUCCCAGGGCCCCAGCAGUCCUAAAGGCCGAAGACAGUCAAUUUGGUUUAACAAUAAACGAUCGGAGCAGUUGAGCAGAUGUGAAGUCACCUGUGCCAUGUACAAAUGUCCUCUGCCUCAGGCAAUAGUCAGUAGCUCCGGUCUUAACUUCACCAAUGGAGGGAGGCAGAGGAGGGAAAGGCCUUUUGGCCUGGGAUGUAGACCUUUUCACCUGGUUUACUGUAUGGUCUUGAGAAACUUACCUUAUCUCUCUGGGCCCCUUUUUAAAAAACUCUUCAGUUCAGAUAGAGGUUAGAGCUGCUUCAAAGAGCACCAAGUUUCUGUGAGUACACCUCAGAGAAGAUGCUAGACCCCCUGCUUCAAUCAGAUCAGAGUAGCUCCACUCUGUUUUACAUGCUGGUGUUCUGCUUGAGAUUUCAUCAGAUAAAUAGAAUCUUCUGCUUGAAAA